GGUUAAACUGUAUGUUAUGAAAAUAUACUCAUAGUUUCGUCGAUAAUAGUAAGACGUCACAUGUGAAAGUUACAAAUUAAUAUUAGCCAUUCAAUCAAAAGCAUGACUUAUUUAAAAUCAGUUUUGAUUAUUUUAGUAUAUUUGACUGGAAUCGUCAUGAGCUCUGGAAAUGAAAAACGUAUCUCAGUUGAACCUUGGGGUACUUUAAAUGGCAAACAAGUUACUAAGUUUACUUUGAAAAAUGGAAAUAAGCAAGAAGUUGAUGUAAUUUCUUAUGGGGCAACAAUCACGUCAAUCAGAACUCCAGAUAAAACUGGAAAAGUGGAAGAUGUUGUGUGCGGAUUCGAUAAUAUCGAAGGAUAUUUAAGGAAGGAUAAUCCGUACUUUGGAGCUACCGUUGGACGAGUGGCUAACCGCAUUGGCGGAGGUCGGUUUUCAAUCGAUAAUGUGCCGUACCAAGUAUCACGAAACAUAGAUGAUAAAUUCACUUUACACGGCGGUUUCAAAGGCUGGAAUUCAAAAAUUUGGGAAGCUUCGGUUCAGAAUGACACAGUUGUUAUGGCCCUUCUGAGCGAGGAUGGCGAUGAAGGAUUUCCAGGUGCUGUUAUUGCUUUUGCCACAUUUAAGCUCACCGAAGAUGGAAGGCUUUCCAUUGAAAUGAAGGCCACAUCUACUAAAGCUACGCCCAUUAAUUUGACCAAUCACAGUUAUUUCAAUCUAGCUGGACACGGUACCAACGCUGCAGAAAUUUAUAAGCAUAAAGUAAUGAUCGAAGCAGAUCGUUGGACCGUGACUGAUGCCAACAGCAUCCCAACGGGAGAAAUUAGGCCCGUAGACGGUAGCAUAAUGGAUCUGAGAAAAUCGACGCUUCUUGGGGACGUUAUCAAUAAAGUUCCCGGUGGCGGAUACGAUUACAAUUUUUGCCUAACGGGAAAAGUAGAUUUGGAGAAAGAAAAAUUCACGGCAAGAGUUCUUCAUCCUGACAGUGGAAGAGUUCUGGAGGUCUUCACUAAUCAACCAGGAGUACAAUUUUACACUUCCAAUUUUAUGCCUGAAGCAGGAACCGAUGGCAUUCCAGGAAAACAAGGGCAAAAGUAUUUCAAGCACGGAGCUUUCUGCUUGGAAACCCAAAACUAUCCAGAUGCAAUUAAUAAUGAUAAUUUUCCCAACAGCAUUUUAAGACCACAGGAGCUUUAUUAUCAUGUUGUAACUUAUAAAUUUGGUAUUCAAGCCUAAAAUAGUAAGGAAUAUUAAAAUAUUAUACACAUUUACUAUAUUUCUACAAAAGCUUCAUUUGUUGUAACAUUGUGCAUAAAUAAAUGUAAUCAGCUGCA